GAAAAUGCUAGAGAUGAUCAGACACUCUUGCAAAGAUGUUGAAACUAACUGCGUGUGUGUAAUUACAGAAUACUAUCCUCUGAUCGGGUAAAUACAGUGACUAAAUAUCGGUGAUCUCGACCGGGUCAAUACCUGUGAUCUUGACCGGGUAAUUACAGUGACUCAAUAACGGUGAUCUUGACCGGGUAAUUACAGUGACUCAAUAACGGUGAUAUCGACCGGGUAAUAACAGUGACUCAAUACCGGUGAUAUCGAACAAGUAAUUACAGUGACUAAAUACCUGCGAAAUCGACCGGGUAAUUACAGUGACUCAAUACCGGUAAUAUCGUCCGGGUAAUUACAGUGAAUCAAUACCGGUGAUAUCGACCGGGUAAUUACAGUGAAUAAAUACCGGUGAUAUCGACCGGGUAAUUACAGUGAAUCAAUACCGGUAAUAUCGACCGGGUAGUUACAGUGACUCGAAACCGGUGAUAUUUACCGGGUAUAAACAUUGACUCAAGAUAUAAAAACGGAUCAAGCAACAUGGGGAAAGGUAGAGCCGAGGGGUCGAGCUGUCGCGUUACUAUUGGCACAGCAUUUGUGCUAUGUUUCCUGGCUAUCCUGAUAGCGGUUGGAGUCGGCCUCAUUGUACAUUUCUCGGAAAACCGAAAGUUUGAGUGUGUAUUCCCGGGAAUCAGGUCCGGCGACCCCACAGGGCAGACGACACAAGAGCACAGCUACAAAUUGUUUUAUUUCGACUGGAGAGGCCGUGGUGAACUAUCUCGAAUGAUGUUCACAGCAGUGGGUCAAAGCUUCGUCGACCGUAGGAUAGACUUCUUCAAAGAGUGGCCCGGUAUUAAAUACACAAUGCCCCAGUAUGUCGUACCAGUGCUCGAGGUUGACGGGCGGACGAACAUCACACAGAGCAUGGCGAUAACUCGCUACCUGGCCAGGCAAUUUGGUAUGUAUGGUAAGAACGCACAAGAGAUGGCGUUGGUAGACCAGAUCAUAGAGACAGUUGUGGAUAUUUUCUCCGGAGUGCUUAAAUUUCAGGAAACUCCAAACGCGACAGAAAGGGCAAGAGUCAAGGCGGAGUUCUACAAGGAGAACUGUCCGAAGUAUCUGCAGUUCCUCGAGAACAUCGUUGCAGAGGGAGGUAGAGACAAUUUCGCUGUCGGCGAUGGGCUAACGCUCGCUGACCUCGCGCUGCAUGUGUACAUCGAGCACACUGAGGCCCACGUGACACCGUCAGACCGGCCUCUUCUCAAUAACUACACGCGAUUGGCUGAGAACCGGAGGAACACAGAGCGCAUUCCCAAAAUAAGGGAUUAUCUCGCGAACAGACCACACACUGACCUAUAGACCUAUGAUUGUGUAAUUGUUCAUAGCGAUUUUAUUUAUAAAUACGCCUUGCAUUAACUUUGUUAUAAAUACGUUAUUAACUUUGUUAUACAUACGCUAUAUAUAAUCGCAUAGAACGUGUGAUAAUUCAUUCUGGAAAUAAAGUUAGUUUGGUCCUCCUUG